AUGCAGCUCUAUUUCUCCUUUUCAUCGUCAGCAGAGUUGACCAGGCUCCUGGCUUCUCCCUGUGCUGACAGAGACAACAGGAUUCCAGCAUCUGCUUCCUCAGGUUUGAACUCCUCAGCACACCCUGUGGAGCAACUGACUGUCAGCCUAAUCAAUGUUAGCCGCAUUAUGGAGGACUGGAAUGACAUUGCCCAGACACCUGCUGAUGCUGCCUCCCUGAAGGCUGGACUGCUGCACAAUGCCAACAACAAUGCCUCUUUAGGGAGCUGGCGAGGCCUGAAGAGCCCUUCUCUUGCUUCCGCUGUCUCCCAUUCCAAACUAAGCUACCUGGAGCGCGUGGUGCUGGAGAUUGUGGAAUCUGAACGUAUGUACGUGCGGGAUUUACGAAGUAUUGUAGAGAAUUACUUGGGGAGGAUCAUAGACACUCAGGAGCUGCUUCUGCGGCCAGAACAAGUCAGUGCACUCUUUGGAAACAUUGAGGAUAUUUAUGAAUUAAAUAGUGAUCUCCUGCAUGACCUAGACAGCUGCCACAAUGACCCUGUAGCUGUGGCAAGAUGUUUUGUGGACCGGAGCCAAGACUUUGAUAUCUACACUCAGUACUGCAACAACUACCCAAACUCUGUGGCAGCUCUAACCGAAUGCAUGAGGAAUAAACAACUGGCCAAGUUCUUUCGUGAGAGGCAAGAACAAAUCCGCCAUUCCUUGCCUCUUGGUUCCUACCUCCUCAAGCCUGUUCAGCGCAUCCUGAAAUAUCACCUUCUUCUCCAGGAAAUAGCAAAGCACUUUGACUUAGAACAGGAUGGCUAUGAAGUGGUAGAAGAGGCAAUUGACACCAUGACAUGUGUAGCUUGGUACAUCAAUGACAUGAAAAGGAAGCAUGAGCACGCCGUGCGCUUGCAGGAAAUUCAGUCAUUGCUAAUUAAUUGGAAAGGCCCAGACUUGACGACCUAUGGGGAGUUAGUCUUGGAGGGCACCUUCCGUGUUCAUCGGGUCAAGAACGAGAGAACUUUCUUCUUGUUUGACAAAAUCUUACUGAUAACAAAGAAACGGGGUGAUCACUAUGUAUACAAGAACCACAUUCCAUGCUCUUCCUUGAUGCUGAUAGAGAGCACCCGAGAUUCGCUCUGUUUCACUGUCACCCAUUACAAGCAUAGCAAGCAGCAGUACAACAUCCAGGCAAAAUCAGGGGAGGACAAGCGAGUUUGGACUCACCACAUCAAACGUCUGAUCCUGGAAAAUCACCAUGCCAUCAUCCCUCAGAAAGCCAAAGAAGCCAUCUUGGAAAUGGAUUCCUACUAUCCGCAUCGCUACAAAUACAGCCCAGAGCGUUUGAAAAAGGCCUGGUCAUACCAGCAGACAGAAGACAUUCCUCAGCAGGCUCGGCAGGGGCGUCGGCAAUCAGAACCUUUCCAUGGCAGAAACAGUGCUGAGAAGCUCCUAGAUGGACUCCACAGCCCUGCUUCACAGCGUAAUGGCCGCCGACAGUCUGAGCCAACAAAACAAAUCCUCAAACAGCUGAACAACAAAGGACUAAAGCAUGCAGGUAGUGAUGGUGCUCUUCUAGAGUUUGGGGAGCCCCCACAGCCCUCCAACGGCUUGCCUCGACAGGAGGAUCAGCAGCAGCAAACCUUCCCUCAGGAAUGUCUAGAAGAGUUGGCUGAAAGUGACGACAGCGAGAAGGAGAUGGGGCCAGAGGAAGAGGACGAAGUGGAGGAAGAGGAGAGGCUGGUAGGAAUGGAACAGGUGGCAGACUUUGCAAGCUCCUUGAUGGCAGUCCUCCAUUGCUGGCACUAUCGGGCCAACGCUUUGCUUUUCUCCUGGGGCAGCACGGGCAAGGGCCGUAAGACACAAGAAGGGCACAAACUGUGCCAGUCUCCAGGAAGCAGUGAGAAAGCCCGGAUAUUGGAGGCCACUUCCUCAGUCCUGAAGGCUCGAUCAGCCGUGGAGCUCGACAGGGUAACAGAGGGUUCUUCCUGUAAGGAAGAGUGCCCAGAAGAGAAUCCUUCAGACCCCGAGUCAACACGUCCUCCAGAGUCAGCCUUGGUAGACCAACACGGAGUUCUGCAUCAACAUUCCGAUGAUCUGGAACCCACUGAAAAUGCAGAGAAACCACUUAGCAGUGAGGAGGAGGAAGAGGAGGAGGAAGAAGAGGAUGGAAAUGUGCCCCCACCCAGAAGCAUCCUUCCUCUCUCUGUGCUAGAUCAGGCUAGUAUUAUUGCUGAGCGCUUUACUAGUAGCCUCUCUCGUCGAAGCAGUCUGGCUCUAGAGGAGGGGAAGGGCUACCUGACCCCCAAGCAGGCCAGUCGAAGUGGCAGUGUCCUAAGCCUGGAUGGCAGUGAGAAAGCCACCUGCCACAACAGUGGCAUGACCGAGUCCCUGAACUGCAGCUUGCCACAAGAGCCCCCAGGUGAGCCCUGCAGUGAGCCUCGCUCACCAGGUCCAGUUGAAACCGAUCGUGCCUCCUGUAGACGGAAGGAAUCUAUGCUGUCUCAGCAGGACCGGCUGCUCUUGGAUAAGAUCAAGAGCUACUAUGUUUACGCUGAGCAUCAAGAUGCUGGCUUCAGCGUCAGGCGGAGGGAGAGCCUCUCCUACAUUCCUAAAGGGCUGGUGAGGAACUCUGUCUUCAGAAUCAACAGCCUUCCCCAGCCAGAACCUGAACAGGAAAUGCGGAAGAGACUGGGGACGUCUGUUGGCAGUGGAGCCUGUCGGACAGCAGCCUGGGUACUCUCAAACAGGCCUGCUGCUGGGCCAGGCCAUGGGGAGAACCCUCAGCCUAUCAGUGAAGCAGAAUUCAGGCCACCUGCUGAGAUGAUUAAGAUCUGGGAUGAGAUGGAAAAGUCAAGAAGACAGCUGUGGAAUGGAAAGACUGAAGAGGGUGGCAGGGCAGGCAAGGCAAAUGGACAGUGUGCUGAACCUUCCUUGAGAAACAGGCUCAAGAACCAGGAGAAUGGUCUUGACUGCCACGAGCCACUUCUCAUCCUGGAGGGUGAGGAUCUUGGAGCUAUAACAGAGGAGUCUGCUGUGCCCUCCCCAGAGAACAAGUCUCCUGUGGAACAAGCUGUACCUCCCAGAGUGCCCUGGAAACUAAUGCAGGAGCUGGGGAGUUACGAGCCAGAGCAGUGUCCCCCUCAGCUGCACCCUCGUAUCAUGCAGCUUGCCCACCUGACAGAAGUGGAGCUGACAGAAAAGAUGAAGAACAAGGUGUACCAGCUGGCCCGCCAGUACAGCCUCCGAAUCAAGGGCCAUAAACCUGCGGUGCAUAGGCAGCUUACUGAACUGGAGGAGGAAAUGAGGGGCAAUGCUUUGACUGGCCAGCAGGAGGCAGACAAGAAGGGCAAAGGCAAGAGGAAGCCAGCCGUGUCCCUCCUCAAUUACGAACAAGUCGUGUUGCAGGAAUCGAGUCCACUGACACUGCUUUCAUCUCCUUCGCAUGAGAAGUCACCGAAGCGCUUCUCUUUCAGCCCCUGCUCCAGCAGCCCCCAUCUGACUUCCCCCACCAGUCCCCUCUCACGCAGGCCCAUCAGUCCUGUCAUAGCUGAGAAAUUCAACUGGCCUGACGUGCAGGAGCUGAGGUCCAAAUAUUCCUGUCAGGCAAGGACUGAGAAGUGCAGGUCUCUACCCGUCAACAGGAGCCGCUCAGCCCCUGAGAAAAUGAUGGAUACGGAGAGGAUGCUGGAACACCACUGCUUGAAAGAAAAUGGGGAAAGGGAGAAACGCCAGCAGGGGAGGACCCAGAGCUUCAGGAGGUCACUAAGGGAGACACUACCUGACUUCCUUCCCAAGGACCACGCCUGUGAUACUCAAGAGCGAUUCUGUGUCACAGCUGAAGCCCCUCUGGAGAACAGACGUCGGGUGAUAGUCAUGGAGAAGCUGCUAGAUGCUGCUGGUGAGCCCGAUGAGAGCUAUGUGCAGAUCCGCUCUCCUACGUCCCGGGAGAAGAUCUCUCUCAAGGCUGUGGCAGAACGGUGCAAGGCCUACCAGGACUCAGAGGAGUACCACAACCGUGAGGAGAGCAUUCAGGAAGCAGAUCCCCAGAAGACACCUCAGCAGCUGCGGAGGGAGAAAACAAACAGCAACCAGCAGAGCCUGGUGAAGAACCUGCGGGAAAAAUUCCAGACUCUUAAUCCCAACAGUUGAGCCAUAAGCACACCUCUUGCUCCUGUGCCACUAAAAACUACUCAGAAAUGGGAAGCUGCGGAGUCAGCUUUUUAGGAAAUAAUAAUCAUUUGCACCAGCUUCUUGGAAGGACAGACAGCAGUCCCUUCCUGCUACUGGUAUCCCCCUUUUGCAUUGUGGCCUCCACGACAUGGAGAGCUGCUUUGACCAUCUAGGAAACGACAGCAUCCUUAUUCCCGUCUAUGCAUUUUGAGCAUGAUUGUACCUCUUUAUAAAUACUAUAGCACCAUAAACCUGUUUUCAUCUUGCUACAGGCAAAAUUAUUGGGCAGUUCUGUUGCAAGCCUGAAGGAGUUUCCCUCUUUGAGUAGGCAUAUAAUAAAUCAGCUGUUUGCAAGUCCUGCUAAGAAAAGGUGUGUUCUUGCCUUCAGUACCAGAGUAUGACUGGGAAGUCUCUACUUUGUCAUGACUGAGCAGCAACAACUGUUCCUUCUACCGCUAAGGCUCACAGGAGAAUAAGUUAUUGCUCUAAGAUUUUGUUUUAGAAUGUAGUUUUAUUGAGUUUCGAUUGGUUCCAAGCCUCCUACUCUGCAAAUAUAUAUAUAAUCUAA